AUGGGCAUCAGAGGUACCGACGACUACCUCACGGCACGGGCGGCCAACCCAAGGACCGGUCUCAUCAGCCCGAGUGUUGUGACCAAUCUGACUCCCCGAACACCAAUGUCUCCAGCCGAAGCACUCUCUCUAUUUGGAAACGACUAUGCACCACCACAUGACUCCUCCCCGAAAACUCGAAUGCCCGAGGAGCCGCGUACCNAAAACCCCAGACCGAGACCAGCAGGUCCACGAAGUCGAUGGCGUCAAGACUCGACAGGAUGGAACAUGGAACCAGACACGGAAGCCGGAUCUCCCAAGACCACUACCGCCAAUUCAUCAGCCACGAGAGCCGACUUCAAUGCAAGCGAGGACAGCUUUGUGAUUCCUAUGCCGACGGCCAAAGAUCCGCAACCGUAUCAACAAGCAGACCAAGACAAGGCCGUGCAGUAUUAUAAAGAUAAAGCACAGCGUCUGUCUCACAGAGAAGGAAUGAAUGGCAGGAUGCAUAGCAUCGGUGCUGGACCUCGCAAGUUUGCUCAAGCCACGAAGGCACUGCGAGAUUUUAGCAAUCCUCGCUCCUCGACGCAUAGCGAGGAGGACACUGCCGGAAGAAAAGAAAAGGCAGCUGCAUCUUCCCCACCAACAUCUGCUUUCCCUGAGUUCUGCGAGUCUCCACGUUCAUCCCGAAGAUCCGUGUGCUCGCCAGCUCCCGGAUACGAGCGCAGAGAUUCUGGCGUGAGCGUACCAACUUCGACCUCCGAACGCAAAAAGGAACAUUCUCCUAGUCAGAGUCCCACUCUAGGAGGAUCUGAGCGUGCGCGGUCCAACUCCAACACUUCCCGUUUCCAGGAUCUGCGACAGUUACCUAGAGUCCGUGUCGUUCACCCAGAGGGCCCGGCUGUAAAGGGACGACACGAGAAGACUGCGCCAGUGCCUCGCGAGUAUAGCUCGACUCCGCCUCCACCCUACUUGAGUCACUCGAGCACAAGUUCUGUCUCUGGGACUUCAGUGGCUGAGUCGUUAUCUCCCCUCGAGACCCAAGUAGUUGGGUUCCUUGCAUGGGCGAUCAAUCAAGUGUUCUCCAAACCAUCAUCUUCAACGCGUGAUGGAUCACCACAAGGGCUUAAUAUCGGUCUCACUCAAGCUAUUCACAUUUUAUCUGACUCGGCCACUAAGCCCGUCGAGCGUUGGCAGGCGGUAAAGGCUUUGACGUUCAUGGCCGUACGGGCAAUCAUGAUAUUGUGCUGUCUAGCGAUUGUCGUGCGCAUCGGAGCAGCUGUGGGAAGAGUGCUGGCGGUAAUGCUCUGGCCUGUCAGUAUAGUCUGGAUGAUUGUGAAGUGGAUGCUAGGGCUAGGAUGA